AGGAGGGUAUUUUGGAGAUGGCUCUCUUCCUUGACACUUCUUCAAUGACCAUGUGGAAGUUGACUCCCGGAAACGUCUCGCCAUCGCUGAAACGGACCCGCUUCAGAGAUUUUCGGGUUAAGGCCUUCUUCAAUCCUACAGAAGAGCCGAUUCUUAAAGAGGCUCUUAAGGAGCCAUUUGCAUUCAUGGGUGGGAUGUUCGCAGGUCUUCUAAGACUUGAUUUGAAUGAAGAUCCACUCAAGGAAUGGAUUACAAGAACAGUUGAAGCCUCUGGGAUUACACAAGAAGAAAUCGAUGCGGAAGGAUCAAAACUAGAAGAAGCAGCCCCACAAUCGAUAGAGAUUGAAUGAAGACCAGUUAUCUGGGGUUUACACGGCUGUUAAUUUCUUGUCUGUAU